AUAGUAGGAAGUAAAGAAAGCUGAAGAAAACUGUACUAUAAAAAUUAGAACCUGAAAAUCCAGUAUGGUGUAGACUAGUGUGAACUCUAAUUUCCACCUGGAGAGUCCUCUAACACUUAUUAUUUUUCGGAUGCUUUUUACUCAUGUUACCAUAGUCUAUUCUUACAAAUACUGUUAUUUCUUUAAUUUACGUUCAUAUUUCGAUGAUCGAUUAUUCGUUGCUCUCUCUUUUUUUUUCUUACAGGUCUAAUCGUAAAAUAAUCUUAUCUCAGGGAUUUGUAGUGUGAUUUUUAUUUUUAUUUUUGCACUUCAUGUUCAUGCAUGAAAGAAUUAUUGAUCCACAAAUUUUAAUUUCCUUCCUACAAUCGAUUAACAUGCUCAAUGGGAUUUCCUGACCAUACUUUUUAUUUUUACUCAAAUUAUCCCCGUCAAGUUAUCAAUUGUUAUAGUGCGAAAAAAAUGUUUACUACAUCUUCAACUAAUUCUGAUACAACAACACCACCGUCUUCGGUGAAAUUAUUAUCUAUUGACGAACAUGCUCAAACAAUACAAUUUAAUACUAAUCAAAAUACUAAUAAUCUUACAAGUGAUUCUUUAUGCAUCGAUUCAUCUGAACGUGGAACUCAGGAACUUUUAAAUACCAUACAUCAUAACAGUCCAAUUAGCAAUAACAAUAAUAGCAAUUGUAUGCUAAAUUUAAACAAUAAGGCUACCUCAUUUCCUUCAAGUAUGACAGACCUUUCAUUAUUAUCAUCAUCAUCAUCCCUUUUUCAUUGUGAAAAUUGUCCUAUAUGUGGAGAUAAGGUAUCUGGUUAUCACUAUGGUCUUCCUACAUGUGAAUCUUGUAAAGGAUUUUUCAAACGUACUGUGCAAAAUAAGAAAGAAUAUCAUUGUAAUGAACAAGGAAAUUGUGUUGUUGAUAGAUUACAUCGGAAAAGAUGUGCUUAUUGCCGAUUUCAGAAGUGCUUAAUUGUUGGUAUGCGAGUAGAAGCUGUUCGUGAAGAUAGAAUGAGAGGUGGACGUAGUCGACGUGGACGUUCAUCCUACUGUGUUGUAACAACACCGAAUUCAAGCAAUAGUAAUAAUAACAAUAAUGAUUCUAAAAUGGAUAAUGUUAAAUGUUUACUUUCAUCUAACUCCUCUGUGAUGUAUUCAAAAUCUGUUGACAGUGAACUAUACAGUAGUAUUACUCCUCCUCCACUUUCUCAUACUUCAACUUCUACCAUCAAUGUUAACAAUAUUCAUCCCUCGAACAGUGGCAUUGACACUUCCAAUAAUAUUACAACAUCAAUUCCAUAUGAUAAAGACUACUGCAACAGACGAUCACCAAUAAUUGUCCCAUCAUUAUGCACAGUGAGUAAAACAAUAUGUGAAGCAAACUUGGUCCCAUGUUCUUUAUCCUUAACGAAUCCAAUUCCACAAGUUACAACAACAUGUACUACAACAGUGACAGUAUCACCAAGCCAUUCAUCUUCGCUGUAUGAAUCUAGCCUAUUUAACCCAAACUAUUCUCAAAGUAUAUUUAAUCUGAAACCUGUAUCAUCAGUUGAAGAAAUGAACACUGACAAUGAUCAUUUAUCAACAUCAUCGUCAUCAUCGUCAAUAUCAAAGCAUUCGAAUUGCCAAAAUGAUUCUAGACCUAAUUCAUACAAUAUUUCAUCGGUUAACUCUUGUUCUUCUUCAAGUCCAAUUUAUCAUCAAACUUCACUUAAGCCUAUUGAUCAUUCAAAUAUAGAUAUGUCCGGUAGUUGUUCUACUGUUAUUUGUAGUUUAACAACUCCUCCCUUCAUCAUCAUCACUGAUUCUAUGAAUUCAGUUUCAAUUAAAUCUUCUGUUAAUAAUACUACCGAUUCUAUUAUGAAUAUUGCUUCUUCAUCUACCGGCAUAUCUACGGAUACAUACACAAGUAUGGUUAAUCUACCUUUCAAUGAUUCUUUGGUUGGUGGAAGUCAUUCUCAUUUACUUACAUGCACCCAGAAGCUUCCCAGUACUACUACUACUGCUAGCACCACCACGAAUGCUACUACAACAGAAACAUUGAAGUCAAUGAGUUUAUCAUGUUCACCAGCAUCAUUAUUAUCAUGCUCUAAUGGGAUGCAUUCUUCUAAUCCAGAUUUUGUUGAUUUGUCAAAUUCAGAUCCGAAACGUUUACGUUUAUGCUUUACAGACAUAAAUAGUACUAUCUUUGCCACUGCUGCUAAUUCCACCACUACUACUACUAUUACUCCCACUACUGCACAUAUUGACAUUAAUGUAUGUAAUGAAACAAAUGAGCUGAAUAAUUAUCAACAAUUUUCAUCUUAUUUGUUAAAUCAUUCUUAUGAUCAAUGUUCACACUAUCAAGUUAAUAAUAAUAAUAAUAGUCGAGUCCAUUCACAUGUUAAAAUCUCUUCUCCAUUAAUAUCGAUCCCACCAUUAACAGAAGGUGUAUCUUCAACAUCAUCUGCAAGUGUUUGGUAUCCAUCAUGCCUUGGAAUUGUAAAUUCUUCUGAACCAUCUUUUCUCCCGACAUCAUCGGAAUUACACGACUCGUCCGUAUUGAAUGAAUGUUCUAGUUAUGUUCAAAUUAUGGACGCAAAUUAUCAUCCGUUAAUAAAAGAUACUCCGCAAUCGACGUCAGUUUAUUUAAAUCCUAAUCAUCCUACUUCGUCCUCAUCAGUUAUGCAUCCUUCAAAUAUUGUACUACAAAAUGUCCAUGAUGGUCCUAGUCAUGGUGAUAGUUCUUGCAAUAGCAACACAUCUAUCGUUUCUACUCCUGGUUCUGCAUCUGUAAAUACUGCUUCUCCUGUCAUUAACAACAACAGUGAUAGUGCUUCACAAUUAUCGUUACAUACCGAUAAUCCUAGUCAGUCUAUUCCACCGUUUUGUCAUAAUUCUCAACAAAAUUCUAAAUUACAUUUAGUUUAUAAUCAACCACAUUCUAGUUUUUGUAGUCCAGUUGUUUGUAGUUUAUCUGAAUCAUCUAGCUUGAAUGUAUGUGGAAAUAUGCUCAAUACUAUUACUAAGUCUACAAGUAACCCUAGUAAUUCAUGUUUACCUUUUAAUUUCGAUAAAAACAAUUCAUCUUUUCUCAAUGACAAUGGUAUUAAUAAUCAUUUAUAUUCACUAACCUCUUCUAUCCAUGAUAGCCAGUAUCAUCAAAACAUACGACAACAAAUAAAAGCUCCACUCAUUGUGCCUCCUUCACUUCUUCCUUCUCUUUCUUCUCUUUCUAACCAUCCUUAUCCCCAAUUUACCAAUGAACAUUUAAUGAAUACUACCACAUCACAUACACAAAUGAUGAUGAAUUCCACCUCAAUCAAUCGAUCAAAUCCCACGGAUUUUAUCGAGGCUGAAUCAAUAAAAACAGAUCGUGGUGAAUCAGAAGGUGGAGGAUCAAGUGAAUCUGACGUAUCUGGUGAUUAUGGCGGUGUCAGAAUUGGUGAUAAUUUAAGAAGUGCUAACAAUCACAACAGUAAUAAUAAUACCUAUUCUACUACUAACAAUACGAACAAUGGACGCUUUGGAUUAAUGAAUAAUGAAUUAUUAACAAAUAAAAAAUAUGAUUGUAACAUUGAUGAGAUUCCAGAUGAUGAUUAUCUGACAGGUGAUGAUACCGAUGGGGACGAUUAUACGGAUAGUAUUCUUGAUGAUGAAGAAGAUACUGAUUACGAUGAGGUAGAUGAGUAUGAUAAUGAUGAUGAUGACGAUGAUACGGAAAAUGAUAUUGAUGAUCCUGAUAGGGAUUUUGAUGAUGAAGAAGAUAGAGAGGAUGAUGAACUCAGUGGUGGUGGUGUUGGUGGUGGUGUUACUAGUAUAGGAGGAGCAGGUGGAAGAGAUAUCCUUGAGAUGUCUGAAGGUACUGGUCAUUCUAGUUUUACUUGUUCCACAUCAUCUUAUCAUAAAUCAGAAUACGGAAGUGAAUCAAAUCAUACUGGUGCUACUACUUCUCAUCUUAAUACUACCAUUUCUUCUACUACCACUAAUACUACUAAUAAUAAUCAUCAUAAUGCAAAUAAAGUUAAUAAUUAUGGUAACAAUAAUGAGAUUUUAUUUAAUAAUAAUUCUACCACCCAUGCAAAUGGCUUUAGAUUUGGACAGAUAUUUAUAACAUCGGUAGAACAUGAUUACAAAGUUGUGGAAGUGGUUCAAAAAUUUAUUCCUAAAUUAAAGUGCAGUCUCUCUGAAUUAUGCUCUUUUUUAAAAUCCAAAAAUCUCGAACUGACUAAUAGCAGUACUACCACAAUACUAUCAUCCUCUUCCUCUACGUCAUUAUCACGAAACGAAAUAACCAGUGAACGCACCAACACGGAGCCUGUGUUAAUGUUUAGAGAAUCGUCUGUUGGAAAUUUUUCAAAUUCCUUCUUGCCAUUGUCACCAUCAUCUCUUGUACAUGAAUCACAGCCGCAUAAUAAUGAUAUUGAUUCUCAGGUAAAAUCAGUUAGUCAUUUGGACUCGGCUGAAUCCAGUGUGCCAAUCUUUAAAAAUAAUAAAGCAAAUUGUUCCCCGACACUUGGUACUUCUUCACCUUCAACUGCUCAAAUAAAUGAAAAUAGUACUACAAUUAUUAAUCCAUAUUUAGACGAUUUAUUGUCUUCCUUAUGUUCAUUAUUAGAAACAUGUUUAUUUUAUUUGGUGGAUUGGAUGGCUCAAAUUGAAUCGUUUAAAGUAUUACCGGUCGAAGAUAAAAUGCAAUUGUUGAAUAGUAGUUGGAGUGAAAUUAUCCUACUAGAGUUUAUUCAUUUUUAUGUAACACAUUUAAAUAAUGCUAAACGAACAAAUACAAUAUUAACUGAUUCUAAAAGACGUAAAAAUGCCAUGGAUCCAUUGAAUGUUUGCUCAUCGUUAUUUCCAAUUAAUACAAAUUCUAUUAAUUGUAAUGAAAAUAACUCAUUGACUUCUACCACUACUACUAAUAUCACAGCGACAACACCAACAACAUCAUCUUCGUUACUAUCCCAUUCUUCUGCAUCUAUGGAGAUAUGUGAUCUUAUUGAAAACCUAUUAAAUAAUCUUCUAGGUGGUGUCGAUAACUGUGGAGGUAGUCAAUCAGACUUGAAACAUAAAUUAAAUGAUUUAUUGACAAUAUUUCAAAAACUUCAGUUGGAUAAUAAAGAAUUUACUUGUUUGAAAUUUAUUGUUUUGUUUAAUCCUUUGAAACAUGAUACCUUUCUAACAUCAAACUUAAGUUAUGCCUUGAAAAUUCAGGGAAAAUUUUGUCAUUUCUUAUUGAAGCGUUCACGACGAUUUCUACGUUUAAUAAAUGAAUCCAGUGAAUCUCAAAAACUAGAUCAUGAAUCGUCAAAUGAAUUGAAUACUAUUCUUCUACCAGAUAGAUAUGGCCAAAUUUUGUUAGAAUUAGCAGAAGUUAAAUUUCUUGCUUUCCAGUUAGAAAGUUUUUUACUCAUGCGAUAUAGACUUGGUAAAAUACCUAAUGAAAGUUUAUUAAGUGAAAUGUUGUUAACAAAACGUAGUCGAGUAUCACUUCCUGUGCAACCAUCUUAUUGUAAUCCAAUGACAUCAAUGAAAUCACCACGAUCAAUAGCAUCAUCUUAUAUAAUGCCAACAUGUCAGUUCGCAUAUACUAAUGUUAAUUCAAAAGUUAUUCUCACACCAUCAUUAUCUACGGAUGCUGAUUGUCGAUCAAAUGAUGAAGUGAUAAAACAUACUAAUCAAGCUUCUUCAUUAUGUACAAAUAAUCCGAAUAAUGGUACUACAAUGAUGGUAAAUGCUACAGGAAGCUUAUCUACUACACCAUUUACUUCUCCUAUCCCUUCAACUUUCCCACUUACUUCUCUUCAUUCGCCUACUUCUAUUCCUCAAUUCAACAAUAGAAAUAACAGCUGUAAUAAUAAUGAUGCAUCAUUAUUGAAAGACAUUGAUUCGCAGUUGUCUUGUACAGCAUUUCUUAAUUCUUAUACUAAUUCUUCCUUAUAUACUCCAACUACUACAAAUCAACUGGUUUAUAAUCAUUGUUUUAUUAACAAUGAUGACCAUGUUAUUACCGCAAAUAAUAUUAACAGAUUUAAUGAACAACUACACGAGUCUUUAUCAACAGUGACAACAAUGCCGGCGACAACAACAACAACACUCGUAAAUCAUGCCUCAAUAUUAUCAUGAAAAGCAUUUAUUCUUUUUUUCUACUUCUUGAUCGUUUAUUUUUUGCUUUAUUUGUAUCCUUAUAUUCUUGUCUAUUUGGGAAGGGAAAGAGAACUACAAGUAAGGCAGGAAGGACUGUUGUCAUCUUUCCAUCUGACAUCAUGCUAACUUCACUUACACAACUUAUGUUUCAAGAAUUCUACUUUCAAUAUUUCUAAUCUGAAUAGAAAUAGAUCUAUGGUUUCUCUUUAACAUGUAUAUGUUAGUGUAUACUCUGUUUAUAGAUGAACAAAGAAAAUGAGAACUUGAACAAAUUUGAAUUUCAUGAUGGUGAUGAUUAUGAUUAUCACAAGUGAGAUUGAAAUUGAAAAAUCAAAAUAUUACCGAAUUGUUGUUGCUUUCUUCGUUGUUAUAUUUCUUUCUGUAACCAUCUGUGUUUAUGUUGAAUGAAUAUAAAUACAACAUACGAUAUUUUGAACGAAAAUUAGAAGAUUAAAAUGAAAUGAAAAGAGAGUAGCACAAAAUUAGGGAGAAAUCGCGUACACACGCAUAAUUUGAUUUUAAAUGCAACAUUAACUGUGACAGAAACAAUAAUAACCUCUCCAUAUAUAUGGAAAAUGUUCUCAUUUCAUUGGUAUUGUUAUUUACUGUAAUUUAUUCUACAAAAAAAGCAAAAAGAACUAAAUGAACCUGAGCUCAGUUGUAAAAAGGCUUAAAGUAGGAAGAAUAAUUCUGAAGACAGAGAGAGAAGAAAAAGAGGGAAAAAUACGCAAAAAAAUACUCCUAUUGAAAUGCACUCAUACAUUGAUUUACAUUUAUUCGUAUUGAAUUAGAAAAUACCAGGCCUGACAGCAACUGUAUGUAUGUGCGUAAUGAGCAGAUAUGUGCCUAUUGGUGAAUAUAUGUAUAGAUAAGUGAAAUACACCCUGUUUAUCUUUAAGUCGAAGAAAUAUUAUACAGUGAAGAGGAUGAAGGAUCUAAGUUGAAUUUCAUGAUGGUGAUGAUUAUGAUUAUCACAAGUGGGAUUGAAAUUGAAAAAUCAAAAUAUUACCGAAUUGUUGUUGCUUUCUUCGUUGUUAUAUUUCUUUCUGUAACCAUCUGUGUUUAUAUUGCAUGUGUAUGUACUAGGCUGUGAAUAAAACAUUUUACACAUUUCCCUUCAAUAAUAGAAUUAUUAUUUGGUAUUUACGACUAUACAAGUAGGAAGCGAUACAUGUAAUUACGUAACCACUAUUGCACAGACAUAAAGAAAUAAAUACAAUCAAAAAUACUAAUCUACCUCAACUUAAAUCCUUCAUCUUCUUCACUGUAUAAUAUUUCUUCGACUUAAAGAUAAACAGGGUGUAUUUCACUUAUCUAUACAUAUAUUCACCAAUACGCACAUACAUACAGUUGCUGUCAGGCCUGGUAUUUUCUAAUUCAAUACGAAUAAAUGUAAAUCAGUGUAUGAGUGCAUUUCAAUAGGAGUAUUUUUUUGCGUAUUUUUCCCUCUUUUUCUUCUCUCUCUGUCUUCAGAAUUAUUCUUCCUACUUUAAGCCUUUUUACAACUGAGCUCAGGUUCAUUUAGUUCUUUUUGCUUUUUUUGUAGAAUAAAUUACAGUAAAUAACAAUACCAAUGAAAUGAGAACAUUUUCCAUAUAUAUGGAGAGGUUAUUAUUGUUUCUGUCACAGUUAAUGUUGCAUUUAAAAUCAAAUUAUGCGUGUGUACGCGAUUUCUCCCUAAUUUUGUGCUACUCUCUUUUCAUUUCAUUUUAAUCUUCUAAUUUUCGUUCAAAAUAUCGUAUGUUGUAUUUAUAUUCAUUCAAGUGUUAAUAGUGUAUAUGUGUUGAUAUUGAUCUAAUAUAUAUAUUUUGGUACCCAUUUUUUGUCCUCAUCAUCACCAUCAUUGUUGUUGUUGUUACCUCACUGGGACAAAAAAAAUAUCGCUUCAGUUCCUCCCCCCAACACUAUCUUUCUAACUUCCCUACUCGUCUACGUAUUAUUUCUAUGUUUUUUCAUUCUUUUAUACGAGAAACUGUACAAGACAAUCAUUAUCAACCAUCAGGAUUUUUGUUUUAUUUAUCGAGGAAACCGAACAUUUUCAUGAUACUUUUGUCAAGUGUUAUCUUGUUUGUAGUCGAUUAAAGAAAUAAAUCAACUUAUAGGAUGUAGUGAAUAAUGUUUUUUUAGAAGAAUUUCAUUAGUAGUUUUUUCAAUUAUACUAUUUUGAUUAUGUACAGAGGUAUUUCAUCUUUGUUUUCUUUUGAUCUGUCUACAAUUAAUUUUUAAAUAGAUGAUUAUAAUAAUUGUAUGUCUAUUGUGUAUUGCCUUCAUCACUUUCCUACCGGCUGCCAAUCUCACGUUAUUUCUACUUUUCUUCCGUUAAUCUACCUCGAAUAUUUAUAUAUUCUACUGUAAUUAUACCGUUAGUAUGUAGAUAUUUUCUAGCCAUACUCCUUUUUUUAUAAACAUAUAUAUAUAUAUAUUUAGUUAUAGAAAAUUUACCAAGAAAUGCUCAUUCUCCGGCUAGCAUCAACUAUCAUCAGUCUUUUCUGUAGACAGAUCGUCGCUCAAUUUCUCUUAUUUAUACAUUGUAUUUAGUCAGUUAAUUAAUCCAGACAGGAUUUUUCCCCUCUUUAUCCCAAUGUCUUCUCUUCUGUUUGUGUAUUUAAGAUAUUUUGCUUUUUUCACAUACCUCUACACAGUGUACACUAUGUAAAUAUAUUGCGUAGUUUUGUGUACAAAUUAUUUUCCUUGUUUGUGCAUUUUUUUGAGUCAGGCUAAUAUAUAUAUAUAUAUAUAUAUAUAUAUAUAUAUAUAUAUCCAUGUUCAUACUCAGGAGUAAUCAAGUCUACCUCGAAGUUUUGUCGGUAUUAUGUAAUAGGAUUCUGGUAGUAAUAAUGUUAAUAAUAGGUGGGAAGAAUAGAAAUUCACGUCUUGUUAAUAUUUUGUUUGUCCAACUACUUAUUUUUCCCUUUAUUUCACACACACACCUUUCUUCACUUUGUUCACCUCACGACAUGAGAGUAAAAGGUCAUGUAUUGAAGAGAAUCAUUGAAAACUUUAUUUUACUCCGUGAAAAUAUUCCAACUUUUGUUUAAUUAGUAUGUAAGUGAAAUGUUGACAAACUACAAUUAGAAUUAACACCUAAAGGACUAAUUGUACGAAGCAGAUAAUUCUAUUGUUUUUUUUUCUCAUAUUUCCCAUUCUUAUAAAUUUAUUGAACCUUGAUUGCAUUGUUUCUUUAGUAGUUCAAUUUCUCUUGCAUCCUCCUUCAACUCUCCUUUGUGUAUUUAUACUUUUUCCCUCAUUGUUUAUUAGGUAAAAGUGUGAGUUAACAUUGGACUGAAGAGACCACGCCUCUUUUGUUUUAUUCCUCCUACUUUAUCUUUCUUGUCAUCUGUUUCUCUCAUCUUUAACAUAUGUAUACUUUUUGUUCAGGCAGCUAUACACGUUAUACACUUAUCUAUCUAUUGUUAAAAAAGAAUUCGACUUUUAUAAUAGCGAUGGUACUUAUCAUACUCAUGUUAAGAUAAUCUGAGGUAGGCAAGUUAACUCUUCAUUUUAUCUUUCAUACUGUAACUUUCCCGCGUUCCCUUUCUUUUUUGCGGUGAUUGCCACAUUCUCUUUUCCUGUUCAACCUCCUUUCAGUGUUGCUUGUUUGUGUUAUUCAAUAUUUCUUUCUACUGUUAUCAUAACUAUCAUUACUACUAGUAUUAUUAUUAUAAAAAUAAAAAAAAUAUAAUGAAUUUUGUGAAUAAA